GUUUUAUACACAAAAUCCAAAAUCGCAUAAUAAUAAUAUAUGUCAAAAAAAGAGCUUAAUAUUCGUAGAAAACCAAAAAACUAAAAAACUUAGUACCCUAAAGUGAUCAUAAAAGAAUAUGUCAAAACCUGCCACAAAUAUCUCUCAAUAAAAAUAAUCGACUUAAUAGAGAUAAGUAAGUGAAAAAGAAAAAUGACUGAUCAAUACAUGAAAGAUGUUUUGCGUGUGGCUGUGGCACAAAUAUGUCAGACAAUUGGGUACAAUGCAACACAGUCGGCACCUUUGGAACUUCUGCAGGAUGUAUUGGAUAAGUUUAUGAGGGAGUUUACUCGUGACCUCAGGCGACAGGUUGAGCACUAUAAUCGCACCGAAGCCAAUAUGGAUGAUGUGACAUUGACAUUGAAUAGUAUUAAUGUGAAUGUAAGCGAGUUAUUGGACUAUGUGAACAAUGUGGAACCGGUUCCCUUUGCCACAGAGAUACCAAAAUUUCCUGCCCGCAAAAAUUCAUAUUUGAAUUUUCUUAAACCUGGAAGCAAAGAAGUGUUGACGAGACCUGUGCAUGUGCAUGAUCAUUUGCCUCCUAUGCUGCCUCCAGAGAUUUCCCAGCCUCUGGACCCUAUCCUACCAUCAACUUCGAAUGGGUUGUCGACGUCCGAUAUAAAGCCGAAUACUGAAAACGGUGCAACAGAUGGCGUUGCCAGGGCUCAUAAUAGUGAAUCUGGAGCGGGAACGUCUUCUGCAAGUAUUCUGGACAAAAAUACCCUGCAAUCCCUUUUCAAGCCCAGCUCUAAUUUUGAUGAUGCAGAUAGGCCUACGAGAGAAGUAAGUAGUGUUGUCAUGACAACUGGUGGUUACAUAUCACCUGCAGUUGAGGGAAAAAUGCCGGAAGCCAUUGUGCCAGAUAUUAUUGAUAAGUUAAUGGGAUUUGAUGCACCCCCUCCGCCAACGCCACCACCUCCCCCUCCACCAUUACCAGCACCUGCACCACCUGUUUCAAGACCGGUUUCGCGCUCUUCGAAUACUACACCAGCUCCCAUGGUUGAUUUGAUAAAAACUGAGGAAUCUGAUAAGGAUAAAAAUUUGACACAAUCUUCCAAUAAAGAGUCUAAAAAAUCUUCGACCACCAAAGCCCUAGAUUUUAAUGUGACAAACAGAAAGAUAGAUGUUACAUCUGCUGAAAUGUCUGGUAAAAAGGAUAAAUUACUUAAUCAUAAUCAGUUGCCCAAUCCCAUAAAUCCGACUGGCACAAAGCCUCCAAAGCUAAACAAAAAGAAACAAGCCACAUUAAUGCAAAACAGUUUAUCAGCUGGCAUACAUCACAACAAUCCAAACAACUAUGCGAACAUGCUUCUAAAAAAAGCCAAGAAACAAAAACAGCCUCUUCUGUCGGGUCAGCCACUUUCGGAGAAACACACACAAGAAAAACCUGGCAAAUUGGACCCAGCAGAAAAGACACAGAGAAAAUAUAUAAAAAUGUUGCAGAAAAUGGCAAAGCAAGGAAAAAUUCCAGCCGAAUUGCUAAGCGCCAUUAUGGGAUCGGAUAAAAAAUCGAAAAUUUUGAAUCCUCAAAUUUUACAAGUUUUACCUCCAGGCCCGGAAAGAAUACAAUUGGAAAAGUUGCUUAAAAAAUAUGGUAAACAAAGGCAGAAGCAAAUAAAACAGCAAAUGAUGAUGGAAGCUCAAAAACAUAAGAAGUCGCUUAUGCAAACAGCCCCACCGCCAUUAGUUCCACUUUUCACCCCGAUUGCGCCUACUAAAGAAGCAUUGGUCAAGCCGCCUUUGGUAGUAGAUUUAGAAGAACAGAAGCCUAAAAUUAUUGAACAAAAGGAUGCAAAUUGUGCUUUAUCCCCAGUGAAGACAGGAUUUAUGCCAAGUAUGGCGAUUUCGCCAGGUCAACAACCACCGCAUUUGGUGGAGGCAAUAAUUAACAAGAACCUGAAAACACCAGUUAUGACCGAUACUCUUGUAUUGGGUGACUCUGCUACACUGACGCCAGUGCCUCUUCUAACGGGAGAUGGAAAAGAGCUGAAAUUGUCAAACGAACCGGACCGUAGUAAGUUAAACAUUUUCAAAAAGAUUUCGAAGCAGAAAACUCCAAAAUCUUCAUCCCCCACACCGUUGCCGUUGCGUAUGCCAACAGGAUUAUCAGAUACGCCAAUAAUUAAUUUGCCUUCUGGCACUACUAUAACGCCAGCACCAGGUCCUGGACCUGCUUUGGGCACUUCCACGUCGGUAGGGCGGUCUUUGUUUCCACCCUUACCAGAUAGUGGAGCGAACAACAUUAUAAAUUUAGAUGAUAUCAAAGACCCUCCGCCCAGUUUAAAUGUACCUAAUCAACCACCAACAGACUUGAGCAUGUUGAACAGAGUGUUCGGAGAAAAACCUCCGGGGGGCGAAGCUGCUGAUAUGGCCAACAAACCCAAAAAGAGGGGUCGUAAACCUGGCAGUAAAAAUAGCCCAAAAAUUCCGGGAGCUAUACCUGCGAGUUUGCUUAAGAAAAAUAAGAAGAUGAAGUUGGACCCUAAACUUUUCCCAACGCAAAUGCCUAUACCUCCCGAUAUUGCGACGGCGGUCGGAGCGGGCAACUUGAGUUUCGAUAACGUAGCCCAAUUCUUUAAUAAUCCUCCCAUCAAUCCCAUGGAAUGGUCCCAGAAUAAACAGCUGCAGCAACAGAUGCUUAUUAUGGCCGCCGCAAAGGAGAGAAAGGAACAAAAGAAAAAGAACAAAAUUAUGAAGCAAGACAUACUUAGUAACGAGAAAAAUAUGAUGAUGCCAAUGCCAACAAAUAUGUCUAUGGGUGUAGUGCCGACAAACGAGGAAGUGCAAAAUAUCAAUAAAAAGUUAAUGCGUAUGGAUACCAUACUUAAGCCUGCUCCUUCAACAAGUGGUGGUAACGAGUUGUCGGUUGAUACCAGUCUAAUAACUGGUAAAAAGUUACCAUCACCAUCCCUAUCCCAAUUUCCGCAAACUUCUACAUCACCUUUAAAGUCGCCAGCUGGUCAGGCAGCCUCGAAACGUCUGAUGCAAGGCAUGGAAGCUAUGGCUGCUGCAGCGGCCGCUGGUCUCGGACAACCCUUUAUGCUGCCUAAUCGUCCGGCUUUUCCUAAUUUACCCAGCAGUAUGCUGUCUAUACUACCUUUUCCGUUUACAGCUCGACCAGGUCUUAUUCCAACCCCCAGUCUCUUUCCAACCCCCGGCCUGGGAGCAUUUCAGAGCAACCCUAAGAAUCCUCUACUAGCGGGAAUGUUUCCAUUUCCAAAUUUAAAGCAGCAAACUUCACUUGAUACUAGCUCACAAGAAACAAGUGAAGAUUUAUCGAUGGGAAACAAAAAGAAAGUUGCAGAUUCCUUGGAGAGGAAUUAUUGUAACGUAGCACCAUUGGUACCAGAAUUUCUGAAACUGAAUACACCAGAACUAAAUAAAGUUUCCACAGAACUCCAUGGUGAACACGAUUUGACUAAAACUCCAAAGUCGCGUAAUUCGCUUAGUAUAGCAGCACCUCAGGACAAUAUUCUUAAGAAAAUAGUGGAGGCCCAUACAUCCGAAAAUAGUCUAAGCCACAGCACAAAAUCUAUGCCAUCUGCACCGGGUGGAAUGUCGAUAAAUACAUUUGAGCAGCUGAUGAAAAAGAAUGACAGUCCCAUUGAUUUAGCCUCUCUUAGUAAACCAAUGAAAAGGCCACCGCUAACUCAAGAUACAGGUUUGGAUUUCUCCAUGAAUAAAAAACACCACCCAACACCUGGCCUAAAACAGCCACCAAUAACAUUAAACAAUGAACCCAUAGAAGUGUCGGACGAUUCUGAUGAAAUGAGCCAACCACCACCGCCGCCAUUGAAAACUCCACUCCCAUUACCUAUUGUGGAACCAACACCAGUACCGGCGCCAACUCCCACAAUAACACAGCCAAACAUUAAUAUUGAUGAAAUAUUUGUGGCUAAUGCAGCUGCCAAUAAACCACCGCCAACAUUAUCACUAGAAUCCGAUUUAUCCUCAAAAGAGCUCAAAAAGCUCAAAAAACAAGUUAAGAAGACAUCGGCCAGCAUAACAAGUACUUUAAUAAACCCAGAGAAACCUGAGGGUGUCAGUAAACUAGCGGGAGGGGCCGAUUUGAUACCACUUACUUCAACAGGAUUGGCUUACUCCUCAAAAAAUAUUCCAUUCAAUAGUUUGACUGCUAAUGCCAAUCCCACAUUUACACACAAACCCCCAUCAGAGUUUAACACGACGUCCUCCUCUGUUUUUGACAACGUUACAAUUACUGCGGCCAUGCCAACAUCUGCAACAUUAUCUGCAUCCACAAAUAUUUUUGACAUGCAAAAAAAACGAAAGGAACACAAAAAGAUUAAGAAGGAAUUAAAGGAGGGAAAAAUCAAAAAGAAAAAGGAUAAAAAAGAUAAAUCGAAGAGCAAAGAGAAGGCUGAGAGGUAUUUACAAUCGCAAGAAACAUCGCCAUCUAAAGAGAAAUUGGAACCGAUUGGCGCUGAAACUCCUCCAAGUAUUAAUGUCGUUACAGACGUCGCUGGUGGCAUCAGUGGCGUUGAUAAAGUAAAAGAUAAAGAUCUAAUAAAGAAACUAAAGAAGGAAAAGAAAAAAGAAAAACAACGUUCCGCCAUGGAAGAAACGUCCACAGUUAUAGCUCAAGCGCCUUUGCAAAUUUCAACGAGUUCGUUGCCUGAAGUUGAGAGAAAACAAAAAUCCUCACCUUCCGUAGUCGUAAAUGCUUCGUCAAACAAUGAGGUGGACAGCUUCGUGGCAACUGCUCCUUCAACUGCUACUCCAAGUGCAUCGGUUGUGCCGAAAUUAACUUUGAAAUUGGGUUCUACCCAGUCCCCUACGCCGAUAGAUGAUUUGCACAAAACUUCAAGUAGCAGUAGUGCUGCUACAGCGACUGCGACGACACACACAGUAUCAAAAUCACCACCGCGCGAUAACCAACGAGAACCUUCUCCAGAGUUGGCUAGAAUAUCUCCUCUCGUUACCCGACCACCAAAACAGAAAGUUAAUCCAGGAGGUGAUUUAAUAACUGGACCAAGUUCCGCUACAAACAGUCUUUCCACCGCCAGUGCCGGACCAUUGGACACAUUUGGGGAUGUUAGCAAGCCUAGUUCAACUUCGAAUAUAAACAUGAUAGUGCCACCACCAAAUCCUUGGCUCUCGGGCGGUACAAUAUCGGCUAGUUCGGUAUUGCUGCCGCACCAGCUCUUGCAAACCACGAAGCAUGACAUGGUUACAGCUUCAGGCAGUUCUAAUCAAAGCACAGAUGUUACAAAAGCGCAUACUUCUGCCGAUAGGCAAAGUCCUUUAACUCUAAUAACUGAGACCAGCAGACCCUCCUCAUAUAUCGAUGCUGAGGGAAAUCGAGUUUGGAUUUGUCCAGCCUGUGGCAAGGUAGACGAUGGCUCCCCUAUGAUAGGUUGUGACGGUUGUGAUGCCUGGUAUCAUUGGGUGUGUGUGGGCAUAUAUGUGGCGCCCAAAGAUAAUGAAGACUGGUUUUGUCGCGUUUGUAUAACUCGUAAGAAAGGACUGCAUGGAUCGGAUAAAAAACGUAAACGUAAUAAAAAGAAGUAAUUUUAAGAACUUGACAUGAUUUAUACAUAUACAUAAUAUAUUAGAUUUAAGACAUGUUGUAUAAUUUUCCUAUUAAUACGUUCAUAUACCAUAAGUAUAUAAAAUCCAAUAGUUUUAUAUAUAUUAAAACCCAAACAUAAUUACUGUAAUAAAAUAAAAACAAUAAAUUCAUAAUAA